AAAUUAUAGGUUAUAGGUUAGUACGAGUGAACCCUACUUUUUGAAUGUAAUUUUAAAGUUUAGUUACGUACUUCAAAUCAAACAAGAAUAGAAAAUAGGAAAACAUUUAUCUGCAACUGAAAGUAUAAAAGUAGACAAUGGUAUUUACCACUGCAGUUAAUUUCAUAAGAUCUCGAGGCCCGGAUGAAAUUUGGCGGAAACGUAGGAUUUUUAAAUUAGCUGCUCAUUAUGUUGGUAGAAAACGAAAUUGUUACAGUAUAGCAGUGAGAUAUGUUCACCGUGCUUUAGUAUAUGCAACAAAAGCCCGGAAACUAAGGAAAGAAGACAUGGCUAAUUUGUGGGAAACUAGAAUCAUAGCAGGUUGUGAACAACAUAACAUCAAAUAUAGUACAUUUCGGGAGAGUCUUGUAAGAAGUGAUAUACUGCUAAAUAGACAAACUCUGGCAAACUUGGCUUGUUGGGAGCCUUACACAUUCAAAGCCUUAACCGAUAUAGCUAAACGUAGAGCUGUGGAUGAUGGGCUUGCUGGGGUCAUCAAGGAGGAUUCUCUUGACGGAAUAAUCACCAAAGGUUCGUUAUAUAGAGAAAAGUAACCUAACGCCAGCAAUGUUUCGAAUUAGUCCUAAUAAAUUGUUUUUAUAAAUCUAA